AUGGGCGUGUCCCCGCAGGAGGGGCGUGUCCUCCGGCCCCCCAGCCAAUGGCGGCGCGUUUCCGCCGCGCGCGGCCAUAAAGCCGCGGGUGCCGCGCGGGGCCGCGGGUUCGAGUCCCGCCGCUCCCGGAUGGAGCCGCCGUUCUACCGCCCCGCGCCCUUCCCGGGCGGCUUCUGCCGCGCCGAGCCCGACUACGGCUCCUUGCCGGGGCCGCUGCCGCAGGGCCCCCCGCAGGAGCCCUUCCGCGCCCUCAAACAGGCGCCGUGCCCCGACGGCGCCUUCUUCGGCAGCGGCGCCGCUACCGGCGGCUUCUUCUACUCCGGUACCGGCGAGCGCGACGGAUUCUCCGGCAGCUUCGCCCAAGCGCUGGACGAGCUGCACCAACCGGGGCCGCCCAACGUGGCGCUCCCGGAGCCGCCGGCGCUGACAACGGCGGCGGCGGCGAUGGGGGGACCCUUCCCGGGGGUGCCCGGAGCGGAGGCGGCGGACGCGGCGGCGGAGCCGGGUCCGGAUUCCCCGGAGCGGCUGCAGGCGGAGCGGCGGAGGCUGCGGAACCGGCUGGCGGCGAGCCGGUGCCGGCGGCGGAAGCUGGAGCGGAUCGCGCGGCUGGAGCAGCGCGUCCGGGGGCUGCGGGCGCAGAACGCGGAGCUGGCGGACACGGCGGCCGUGCUGCGGGCCCAGGUGCGGCGGCUGCGCGGCUCCGUGCGGGACCACGCGGGCUCGGGGUGCCCGCUGCCCCCCGGGGCCGCGCUCGGCUUCUAG